AUGCAACAAUCUCAACCAUCAUCAUCAUCAUCAUCAUAUAUGUAUCCGUCAUCUCCAACACCAAGUUUAUCUGUUUAUGAUUCUGGUUAUUCAUCAUAUGAUUAUUCAUCACCUUCAACAUGUUCAUUUCAUCAUUCAACAUGUCCAUAUUCAAACAAUGAAUCGUUCUAUAUUCCUUCACAACCUUAUUUACCAUACUAUAGUCCAACCACGCAUAUAAUGCCUCAACCUCCGCAACCAUUUGCUAGUAGUACACCUGUUCAGUCAAGUAAUGUAUGUCUUGUCCCGUCCAUUAAGGUAAGACUCUUAUUUUUAUUAAUUUACAUUGAAUAA